AUGAUUCAAAAUGUAGGUCGAUCAGCAGUAACAACAGUCUCUCGUUAUGUAUCGAGUAAAAUUGAUUGGAGUCAUCUAUUGAAAAUACGUAGUUCUAAUACAACAACAGUAUCUAAUCUUCAAGCUAAAUGGAGCCAAGCUGCUAUGAAAUUAGUUAAAUAUGAAAAUAUUCAAAUUUCUUAUCCAAAUGAUACAGCAAAUCGAUUUAAAAAACUUGAACAAUAUGCUAAGAUUGAAGAACAAUGUGCUCGAGAAUUAAUAAAAUUAGCUAAAAGUAGUGAAUUAUUACCACAUAAACAUGAAUGGGUUAUGCCAGAUAAAGCACUUGUCCCUAUUAAUGCUCCACCACUACCUAAACAAGUAUUUUUUGAUACUCAUGGACAUGAUGAUGUUAAAAAAGAACCAGUGCCGGAAGCAAACAUUAAUGUAUUCUGUUGA